AUGGCAAACAUUCCUUCAUUCACCGAUUUAUCAUCCAUUAAGCCAUUCAAAACCACAUGGAGAAUCCAAGUGAAGAUCAUUCAUUCUUGGAAGCAGUAUACUCAAUACGGUGGAGAGACUUUAGAAAUGAUCUUAACUGAUUCAGCAGAAACUCAAAUCCAUGCUACUGUCAAAAAACAGCAGAUCAGCAAGUUUCAGAGGUCAAUAGUACCUGGGGAGUGGAAAAUCAUUGAGAACUUCACAUUGAGUAAGGAUCCUUCUCUGGAUGAAAACAUUCUAAUCGAUGUCAUUGGCCAAGUGGUGAACAUUGGACAAAUGAAAACACAUGAAGUUGAAAACAAGACAAAAAAGAAACUGGAGUUUGAAUUGAGAAACACACGUGAUGCACGCCUGCCAGUUACUCUAUGGGGGUCAUUUGCUAAAAGAGUAAUCACAGCUUGCCAAAAUUGUGAUGACCAUCAGGUGACAUGUCUUCUGCGUUUUGCCAAAGUAAAUUCAUUUAAAGGUGAAAGAUCAGUUUCAAACGCCUUUGACGCAUCUCUGCUUGAAUUUGAUCCAGUUUGUGUAGAGGCUAUUGAUUUUGUCAACCAGUUACCUAAUGAUGGAUUAGCUCUGACAAUCAAGAGUGGUGUGCCUGACCAGACAGUGAGAAGGGAGGUGAUGUACAACCGUUUCCCACCAUGUACCAUUGUUGAACUGCUAGAUUUCAAUGAGGAAGGCAAGUUUAAAAUGAUGUGUACUGUCUAUGCCAUAGAUCGUGACUUCGCUUGGUAUUACUUUACAUGUCUCAAAUAUGCUACAACAUGCUUCAAGGUACCCAAAGUUGAGAAUUCUGUGAAUGAGCAUAAUAAGCCUCCUUUGUUCUGGUGUAGUGGAUGUAAAGAGAAUCAUAACAGGAUUGAACCAAGAUAUAAAAUAAUUCUCCAUGUAAUGGACUCUACUGGCCAGACCAAGGUUUGUCUGUUUCAGAAUGAAGGAAAAUUGCUGACCCACAAAACUCCAAUGGAACUUUUGAAUGGCCAGCUCGAAGAGAUCCAGGAUCCAUCAAAGUUACCACAAGCAAUACAGAGUUUGGUUGGCAAAACAUUUCAAUUUACUGUCAGCAUUGGGAAGGAAAAUAUCAGAGCUGGAAAUGAUACAUACAAAGUGGCCUAUGCUUUUGUUGGACUGGAAGACAAUGACUUGACCAACACUCAGCUUUCUAAUGAGGUCGAUGAUCUAGCUACUAUCGUCAGUGGUGACCAAACCUUUAUGAUAUCAAACACUGACGAUAGUAUUCAAACAGAGGAGACUUGCAAAACUCCAUGCUCUAAACGUAAGGAUGAGGUGUCUUUGGAUGUUCCUGAUGAGUCAUCAUCUUCAAAGAAGUUAUGUAUUGGUAACAUGAAAGCAGUGAUAGAAGACGUUAAGAAUGGAGCUGAUUUGGAAGUGGAAAAAAGUGGCUAA